CUUUACGUUUGGGAGGAUCGACUGGAAGGUUGCCUUUGUGCUGAUAACUGCGGGGAUCUGUAGUGAUUGAAUGGAUAUAACCAGGUGCUCGGAGAAAUGGGUAAAACCAGAAAAGGAGAGGCCCCUGUCUUCCUCCAUAAUGCUGUCCAGUAAGAAGUCGGACCCGGGUUCGUCCUCGUCGUCCGCCCCUGGGGCCGGGACUGAGCGGGCCAGCGAGACCCCGGCGGCAGCUCAGACGGGGGCCCCCAGCUCCACCCCUGGCUCCUCCGAGGGCGGGGCCCCCGCCGAUCGCUCCCUCAAGAAGAAGGAGCGGGCGUCGCCCAGCGGGGAGCCCGGUGGGCCCCCCAUCUCUCACACACCAGGCACCGGGGGUGUCGACCAGGACACAGCCGAGGGCCGCCGGACCAGCCGCCGCAAAAGAGCGAAACAGGUGGAGUACCGCGAGAUGGAUGAGAGCCUGGCCAACCUCUCCGAGGACGAGUACUACUCCGAGGAGGAGAGGAACGCCAAGGCGGAGAAGGAGCGCAAGCAGGUGCCCCCGCCCCCUGCCCCGCCUGUGGAGGAGGAGAACGAUAGCGAGCCCGAGGAGCCCUCAGGUGUGGAGGGAGCAGCCUUCCAGAGCCGUCUGCCUCACGACCGUAUGACCUCACAGGAGGCGGCCUGCUUUCCUGACAUCAUCAGUGGCCCCCAACAGACACAGAAGGUCUUCCUAUACAUCCGUAACCGCACGCUCCAGCUUUGGCUGGACAAUCCCAAAAUCCAGCUAACAUUCGAGGCCACGGCACAGCAGCUGGAAGCUCCUUACAACAGUGAUGCAGUGCUGGUCCAUAGGAUACACAGCUACCUGGAGAGGCAUGGGCUCAUCAACUUUGGCGUCUACAAGCGAGUCAAGCCUCUACCCACCAAGAAGACGGGGAAGGUGAUCGUCAUUGGUGGGGGCGUGUCCGGGCUGGCAGCGGCCCGCCAGCUGCAGAGUUUUGGGAUGGAUGUGACAGUGCUGGAGGCCAGGGACCGUGUGGGAGGCAGAGUAGCCACUUUCCGUAAGGGGAAUUACGUAGCUGAUCUGGGGGCCAUGGUGGUGACUGGACUGGGUGGGAACCCCAUGGCGGUGGUGAGCAAGCAGGUGAACAUGGAGCUGGCCAAGAUCAAGCAGAAAUGCCCACUGUACGAGGCCAACGGCCAGGCUGGCGAGCGAUGCACUAGUGUGCCCAAGGAGAAGGACGAGAUGGUGGAGCAGGAGUUUAACCGCUUGCUGGAGGCCACUUCCUACCUCAGCCACCAGCUGGACUUCAACUUCCUCAACAAUAAGCCUGUCUCGCUGGGACAGGCCCUGGAGGUGGUCAUUCAACUGCAGGAGAAACAUGUAAAGGAUGAGCAGAUUGAACACUGGAAGAAGAUUGUGAAAACGCAGGAAGAGCUGAAGGAGCUGCUCAACAAGAUGGUAGCCACAAAGGAGAGGGUGAAGGAGCUCCACCAGCAGUACAAGGAGGCCUGCGAGGUGAAGCCGCCCAGGGACAUCACUGCAGAGUUCCUGGUCAAGAGCAAGCACCGCGACCUGACUGCUCUCUGCAAGGAGUACGACGAGCUGGCUGAGACUCAGGUAAAGCUGGAGGAGAAACUGCAAGAGUUGGAGGCUAACCCACCCAGUGAUGUGUACCUGUCGUCAAGGGACCGGCAGAUCCUGGACUGGCACUUUGCCAACCUGGAGUUCGCCAAUGCCACGCCGCUCUCAACCCUCUCUCUGAAGCACUGGGACCAGGACGAUGACUUCGAGUUCACAGGAAGUCACCUGACUGUGCGGAAUGGGUACUCGUGCGUGCCCGUGGCGCUGGCCGAGGGCUUGGACAUCAAGCUGAACACGGCCGUGCGGCAGGUCCGGUACACCGCCUCCGGUUGUGAGGUCAUCGCUGUGAACACCCGCUCCACCACACAGACGUUCAUCUAUAAGUGUGACGCAGUGCUGUGUACACUCCCUCUGGGCGUCAUGAAGCAGCAGCCGCCCGCUGUACAGUUCGUGCCCCCCCUUCCCGAAUGGAAGACCUCCGCUAUCCAGAGGAUGGGCUUUGGCAACCUCAACAAGGUGGUGCUGUGUUUCGACCGUGUGUUCUGGGACCCCAGCGUUAACCUGUUCGGCCACGUGGGCAGCACUACUGCCAGCCGAGGGGAACUCUUUCUCUUCUGGAACCUUUACAAGGCUCCCAUCCUGUUGGCCCUGAUGGCGGGGGAGGCAGCCGGCAUCAUGGAGAACAUCAGCGAUGAUGUCAUUGUGGGCCGAUGUCUCGCCAUUCUCAAGGGCAUCUUUGGUAGCAGCGCUGUGCCCCAGCCCAAGGAAACCGUGGUAACGCGUUGGCGGGCUGACCCAUGGGCUCGUGGCUCAUACUCUUACGUGGCAGCGGGUUCCUCCGGCAACGACUAUGACCUGAUGGCCCAGCCAAUCACACCAGGCCCAGCUAUACCGGGGGCCUCUCAGCCCGUCCCCCGCCUGUUCUUCGCCGGCGAGCACACUAUCCGGAACUACCCGGCCACGGUGCACGGAGCAUUGCUCAGCGGCUUGAGGGAGGCGGGACGCAUCGCCGACCAGUUCCUGGGGGCCAUGUACACCCUUCCCAGACAGGCCACGCCCACCGUCAACCCUCAGCCCUCCCCCAGCCUCUAGAUGCCCCGCCCACAGCCCUCACCGUGGCAACCAGGACUGACCCCAUUAAAGCAUGCGUGCGUGUCUCCAGCCAUCCAACGUGGCCGUCUCGGCUUCAUGUUAUUGCAAUGCUGGCGCACCUCAUCUUCAAAGACUGAGCCACCAUGUGUCACGUGUCUUAAAAUGCUUAAGGAUUUGUAUUUUUUUUAUUUGUAGUCUCUUUUUUAUUUUGCUGUCACCUUCCUGUAUGCCAUGACUUGCUCUGGUGGUUUAGCUCAUUGUCGUGUUGGGUGAGAGUUAGCUGACUGCCUGAGGCUGGGUGGGGCAAACUAAGAAGGCUCUCUCCUGGGGGACCCACUGGCCCUCCUAGCCUGCUGUCACACCAUUUCAGAUCAGACCUUCAUAACACAUCCCAUUUGUCAGAAAGGGAAGACUCACCUCUGUGGAAAGGGUCUGGGAAGACAUUACACAAGACCAACUGUAGAUCCAAGCAUCCAGCACCAGCGGAUGUCUGCAAGUCUACACAGCCUAGAGGAGGGUGGCCCUGCCUACGCCACACUCAUGCUAGCAUUAAGAAAGGAUGGGAGAAAGGAGUUGCAUCAGGCCAUCUCAUUCGUCAGGGUAGCUGUUUUAAAGUGGGAUGGGGUUGGAGGCAGUUCUCUAUGUACAUUGCUCUUGACACAUUUUUUCCAUUGAUGUGUGUUUUUAUUACUUUCUGAUGCAGAUGAGAUGUUUUUGGGUGUAGGCUGUAAACCCUUUAAUAUUUUGGUUACCUGUAGAAUCUUAAUAUAUAGGUCAUAUAGAAGUCCAGCGCCCCCUGUUGGCAUUAUCUGCCUAACACUUGAAUAUUGCUUAGAAUAAGAAACAAUAGUCUGAUUUCUGAAUGUGUGAGGGGGAUAUACAUUUAAAGUACAAAAAAUUAAAAAAUGUUUUGUUAUCCUUUAUUACCAGUAGGGCCUCGAAGUGCUAAACGUUUUUGUUGCUGUCAUUGCAUACAUUUUUUUUUAUAUUUGUGAAAUUUUGGGUAUAAAAAAAA